AUGAAUGCUAGCAUGUUGGAUUUUCCUCCGCCCUACGCGAUUGUAGCGCAGGAAUCCAAUCCACAGACGUCCUCUCGACCUUCCUCUGUCACGCAUUCUUCGCCGGAAGCAACGAUGCAAUCCCUUGAGACCGAUGCUACAUCUGUAUCUUCAUUAGAUUUGAUUCCUUCUGAUGAUGAUGAACAGACACUCUCCGACUUUGUUCAUAUCAAGCGAUUCCGCUCAACACCACAACUCUCGUCCUCGACCACAUCGUCUGCGAUGCCAAUCGAUCACCGAACACUUCAUCGACGUAGGCAUGGAAACUUUUCGAAUUACCAGCGGUUUUUUUCUAUGGUCCCGUCACUCCUUGUCAACGAGUCCUUUUCCCCUGUCACGAAAGAGACGACAGAAGAAGUCGAGCCGCUCGAACCUUUACCAAUGGCGUUCGAGGUAUUACUUCACACACUGCGCCUUUUUGCCGUGGUUCCAGGUCUUAUCGGCACCGUGUACAUGCUUCACGCAUCGUAUGUACAAGCUCGGCAGAACCGCUGGUUGCGUGACACGUACCUACCUCUUACACCCAGUGCAAUUGAAUAUGUGGCCUGUUCUCUUUGGAGUAUCUGUACGGCGUUUCAUGCCCUCUCGCUCAUGACCAUGCUACUACGCCGCUGGCUUAUUUACUAUACGCUUGUACCAUCACUGAUCCGUCUCAUCACAUUCCAGGCGAUUUGCUGGUCACUCGUGCGUGCUGUCCUUCUGCUUUUCGGUCCAGCCCAGCCUGUUGCAAGCUGGAUCAUUGUAUCUACAUUUACCUCAUUUUUUGAAAUCUUUGCUCGCUGGAUCACGAGCAAUAUCACGGAUGUUGACGACACGCAAUCAACUGAUGGUCUGCUUUCUGAUAUGAAUGAAACAGGCGCGUCUGAUGCUGAGGGUAUGCUACACUCUGAGCAAGAAAUUAUGUAUGAUUCCUAUCAACCACGCGCAAGGCACGCAGCCCGCUCCCAUCGAUACCAAAAGUAUCGCAAUCAGAGUUUGAGAGUCAUUCGCGCUCUCACGGGUGCACCGACGGAGGUUACGCCUUCUGACUCUGAUUCCGAUACCUUCAGUAAGCCUGAAUCAGGCUUCUCUUCCUCUGUACAAGAGGACAUGAAUGCACUGUCUCCUGUGGUGGACAUGGAUCACUGGCACCGGCGUCUUAUUGCCAGACGCAACAGAAAACGACAGCACCGCUCUCGACACAAGCGAAGCAAGCAAAAGUCUCGCAUGUCAGCCUUUUUUCAAAACUAUCGCGCUGCACGGAUCCAUUCGCGCCGUGUUUUCCACUGGAACGUUGCAAUUUGGCGCAACGUUGUGCCUAUCGGCAUAUUAGGAUACUUGACGCUUUGGGUUCUGCUGGCCGAAUUCACCAUUACUCGGUUUCAGGCCAGUGCAUAA